GUGUAUUCUCCUGCGUAGAUAUGAUACUUCCCCGUGGUGCAACUGCGACCUAGAUAACCUGCCUCCACGCUCUGAGCCUUACGUGUAGCUCCGCAUUCCCCCUUUUCUCUACUGCUUGUGUGUGUGUGGGCAUUGUAGUUGCUCUUGUGCAGUUGGUGCAAAAAAGUGCAAAGUGAACGUGGUUAGGGGUGCUCCGACUGAGCAGUGAUGGUCGACUUGUGCAUUUAGCAAUGGAUGUGGACAGUGCAGUGUUGGAAAUCUGGAGCGAAUAUUACGCACACGAUGAAGAGGAGGCAGAAGCCCGACUGGCGCAGCGUAGGCAGGCCAGGGCUGAGGCGAGAGCAAUACGACUGCGAGAACUAGAAAAGCAAGCCAGGGAGAACGACGAACAGUCAGAUCGGCAUUAUGAAAUUGUCAACGAGCCUGUCAGACCGGUCCGCAGUAGGGAGGGUCGAACAGCAUCUUUUGUAUCCAGUUCCUCAUACUCCGGCUCAAGGCGCAGCAGUGAAGACUCAACAGAAGCACUUGACGGUCGAGACAUUAGGCACCAGUUACAAGAGGUGGAGGAAAGCUUCCGGAAGGCAAUGAUCAGCAAUGCUCAACUGGACAACGAGCGUACUGCCCUGGGCUAUCAGGUCGACACGUUCAAGGAUGACAUGGAGGAAAUGGAGGAGAAUUACCUUCAUGUGCAGAGAGACAUGAAGGAAAAGUCUAGGGCAUUCGACCUACUUCAGAGGGACUACAAGAAACUCAUGGAGGAGAAGACCUUCCUAGAAGAGAGCUUGAAACAGAGAGAUUCACUCAUAGAAGAGCACGGGUUAGUUCUGGUUGGUGCUGACGAGAUGGUCAACGGGAGUGAAGAUUCGUCGAGCACACGUAGCUCACCGGAAAAAAUGAUACUGUUGCCUAAGGCGCAGGUGAAAUCUCAGGCUAAGGCUGCACUCAUAUCACAGGAAGCUGCCCUAUUACUGGAACAAGCAGGCGAAGGUUCCCUUGAUGUCCGGCUGAAGAGGUUUGCCGAGGAAAAACAAGAACUGCAAGAUCAGAUAAAUCGUCUGAGGUUAGACCUGUCAGAAGAGCGGCAGAAAGUGUCUCGUAUGGAGCAGAUUUCCUUGGUGCACGGACCGCAGACCAACGGCCCUGAGAUGAGGCUUAUGGAAGUACAAAGAGAAGCCAAUAAACAAGUAGAUGAUUACAAAUACAAGCUGAGGAAGGCGGAGCAAGAAAUUCUCACAUUGCAAAGCAAUGUUUCACGGCUGGAGACGCAGGUAGUUAGAUACAAAACAGCCACGGAAGAAGCAGAAAAACUGGAGGAUGAGUUGAAGGCAGAGAAGCGCAAGCUUCAGCGAGAGUGCCGCGAAGCCCAAGUGAGAAUAGAGGAGCUCGAGACGGCCAAUCAACACCUCCAGAAGAGGAUAGACAAGCUCAAAUCAGCCCGGAACGCUCUCAAAUGAGUUUCUCAAGAUGCUUUGGCUACUAUGCUAUUGUACUCAGGCAAUACCCUCAAGGGUUGUGUAACAGACAGGGCAUGUAAAGAGAGGAAAACGUGGUUCAAGGUCGCUGCACGUCCUACAUCAGCCACGGUUAAACAAACGUUGGUUGUUACCUGCGGAGACAACUCCAUUUCCAUGGGCAUAUCAGUGAGUGGUGCAUGUGUGAAGAGAGAGCCUGUGAUUUUUUUCCCCCUCUCCCUCCUUGUGUGUCAAAGUUGCGACAGUGAGACCGUUUUAUUUUGUCCCGGCUGUAAGCUGCUGGAUAUCUUUUGGUGUUAAGUUAUUUGGUUCUGUUAUUGAACUGAGAAAUUUGUACGUGUGACACCUGUUCUAGAGUAAUGUGCCAUGAGGAAAAAAUGAGAAGGUUCAAUACACAGGGUGUCCUCCGUAACUAUAGAAGCAAUUUUUAAAAAUAGAAAAAUCACUUUUUCCUAGUUUUAACCAAUGGCAAUGUACCCUACGCCUAAAGGCCCACCUUAAGAUGGCUCAGGCAAGCUUCUGUGACGAUGCAUUAAUUAACUUUCGUUAAUUAACUUUUUAAUUGUCAACGAUAUAAGAUUGACCCAGUGAGGACAUUGGAUCCCUCGUGGUCACUGGUAACGUUACCGUUUCGAACAAAAAUUGAGAACAAAAUUCGAAGAACAAAAAUUGAGGCAGUUAUAGUGCGAGUAAAGGGCCUGGAAAUAAGGUGCUCUGGUGGUCAUUUUUUGACGCUCAAGUAGAAGCGCUCUCGUUUUCAUUUCCUGUGUAUGAAGCGGUGAGAAAUAGCUGUCAAACCAAUCUGUCCCCCCCUGCGACAGUGUUUUCCCUCCCCCACAUACAGAGGAUAGGAAAACGGGAGCGCUUCUACUUAAUCGUCGAAAAACGACCACCAGAUUGCCUUAUUUCCAGGCCCUUUCCUCGCGCCAAAACUCUCUCGAUUUAUGUUCCGAAAACGGAAAUGUUACCAGUGACCCCAGGGGAUUUGAUGUUCUCAUUGGGUCAACCUUCUAUCGUUGAUAAUUAAAAAGUUAAUUAAUGAAAGUUAAUUAAUGCAUCGGACACAGAAGCUUGCCUGUGCCCUCUUAAGGUGGGCCUUUAGGCGUAGAAUACAUCGCCAUUGAUUAAAACUGGGAAAAAAGUCAUUUUUCUAUUUUGAAAAAUUACUUCUAUAGUUACGGUGGACACCCUGUAUAUUUAUGUCCCACUUCUUCGAUGUGAAGCAGAUGUGCAAUGCAUUACUUUUCCCUUUUGUCCUUGUGUUUCUUUGAAAGUUGGUGCAUUGUGUUCAAGCUGAUAUCAUAUUUGUAGUUUUUUUUUUUUCCCUUCCUUUUCCGGGGUGCUGAAGUUUUUGUAUGGUUUUCUGUAGUUUAAUAGUUCACUUCUGCUAAGCUGUUUGGCCUGCUUGAAACGUGUGUGUCCUGACUAGGACUUGAUGCCGCCAUCAUUUUUAGCUUCCUUUGCAAAGUGCGUAGCGUAGAACGUGAUGCGGGUUUUCAACAUGGCACGCAAACUUUGAAGACCACUGUCUUUUUUAUGAACCGACAAUAGUGCCUGUUGUUUUUUUUACGGACGAUGUAUCGAUGGGCUACACAACGCUGCCGCGGUUGGGCAGCAGUUUCCGCAAACUGUGUGCCAGAAACGAGACAAAGUGCAAUAGAACAUUUUUUACUAUUAGGCACAUUCGAAAAUGAAACCCCUUUCCGGCGUUUCACUGGAGAGGAAGGGACUUGAAGGGGAGGGGGGGGAAACAUUUUAUGUAACAUAAAUGUGUACCAUAUGGAAUAUCUAGCAUUCGAAUAGCUUAUCUUCUUUUUCUUGCACUUGGGCAUCACUGUCGUGGAGAGGCAUUUGGUGACAGUGUUGCAAUGCUGCACAAAACUUUUCCUGCGGGCUGGUCUUUUUCCACUGUCUAGUAUAGCCCGUCGCGAUGACGCAACGCUUAGAUACAAGUUGUAGGGGAGAAUACUUGGCAUUGUUAUGCAGAGACUUUUCUACAUAUUUUAAUACGCCAUAUUGGGAAUCGCUAUUGUGGGGUGUAUCUAGACAUGUAAGUAAGUAUAAAGUGGCAAUUGGUAUGCCGAGUGUGUAAGAAGAGUUGGGCUAUUUUUUUUUUUUAUACAGGUUCCAGCUUGAGCUGUAAAGAGAAUGGAAAUUAAAUUAUAUUGUGAAGCACAUUUUUUUGUACUUACUGGUAGGUAAGAAAGUGCAGAAAAACAAGUGCUGCACAUUCUGCCUUCAUUUUGUAUCGUCAAAUGGUCGUGAUAACAAAAUAAAAUAUCUUCUCAAUUAUC